AUGGCUGCAGCGUCCAUCGAUUUCGACAAUUUCCCUCUUCAGGCAGAUCAAAACCUUGGAGCAAUUGAGAUUGGGGCCUUCAUCGGUCUCACACUGUUUGGGGUCUUGCUGGCACAGAUCCACACAUAUUUCAGACGAAAUAAAACUGAUAAGAAGGUCUGGAAGAUGCUGGUUAUCUUUGUCUUAUUUCUGGAAUCCGUCCACACUUUCACGAUGGCAUAUUCGAUCUAUUAUGACACUGUAACAACGUACAAAUUUCCCAAGGCUAAUUCGUAUCCAUUGUCGAUAACAGGCUUCAUUGAGAACUUCAUUUCGGGCACCGUCCAGCUCUUCUUCUCAUGGCGCAUCUACGUCUUCUCCCGACAUAGCCUGGUUAUCACGCUCCCAUCGAUCGCCCUCGCAGUCUCUAGAUUUAUCAUGGGAUUUGCCAUGUCUGUCUUCGCGAUACUCGACGUCCGCGAUGGCGAAGCGAAAGGUCGGUUCGUCGUGCCGUAUGGCUGGCUCGUCGCCACCGGCUUCACGUUGGGGGCUGCGGCAGACGUCACAAUCGCAGCAUUGAUGAUUUACUACCUCCGCCAACUCGCGUCAUCCAACAACUCGAAAAACUGGGCUAUUGACAAGGUCGGUCACGACCUUUCCCGUGAAGCCGAGAGCUUAUUGUGUAGUGUGGCGGCAGUGGCGACGAUCAUUAGCUUCCAGUCCAUAGGAAACCUUGUCUGGCUUUCUCUUUACGUGGUGCUGGCCAAAUUAUACUCAAAUUCGUUCCUCGCAUCAUUAAAUUCAAGAAGAGAUCAUCGGGAAACCCUCAAUAAGACCCAUUCGCCACGCGAGGAUGUCGAGUUCGCCGCCGGUCCAGAUACAGCGGCUUCGGUAACUGCGGCUGCACCAGUGAGUCAACCGAGUUCACGUCCGCCAGUGGCUUACGCUGGUGUAGGAGACUUCACAGUCGCAGGUGACAUGCUCCGCCAUUAUUUCCACUGUAUCGUCGUUCCCUUCGCAGCAAACGACGAAGCUCGUGAUUAA